ACUUGGCGCACUGUGUUGCGUGUGUAAUAUACGUGUGUAUACGUUGUACAGCUGUGGAGGUGGUGUAUAUGGUGGUGUUACGGGAUCGUGCGGGGACGUGCGAUCUAAUAAAAAUUCUCCGUGUUAUACGUACGCAAGUGUCAGCGAUUUCUCCGCUUGGUAAACGCGGGAGGCGUAAGGGCUGAACCUGAGAGCGCACGAUACGAAAAUGCGGGAGGCCGGGAUCAUGUUGAUAAGCACCGCGCUAACGUGCAUCGUUAUUGGCAAUGCGUACUAUCAGAGAAAACAAUUCUACCCGACUGUCGUUCACAUAACCAAAUCCAAUCCGAGCAUGACCGUGAUCUACACGCAAGGAUUCAUUCUUGCAUUCAUGAUAAAUGCCUUCCUGCGAAAGAUUUUUUUCGGCACUCUACGCGCAGCCGAGCUCGAGCAUCUGGUGGAGAAAGUAUGGUACGCUGUGACAGAGACAUGCCUGGCGUUUACAGUGUUCAGAGAUGACUUCAGUCCUAAGUUCAUAGCAUUGUUUACUCUCCUCUUGUUCCUAAAGUCGUUUCACUGGCUCGCAGAAGAUCGUGUUGAUUAUAUGGAAAGAAGCCCGGUAAUAACAUGGUUGUUCCAUCUCAGAGUUGCUACUUUACUAGGUCUUCUAUUUUUCAUCAACCUAACAAUGAUCAAUUAUGCUUAUAAUACAACAGCUACUAAAGGUCCCUCUGUACAACUUGUAUUUGGCUUUGAAUAUGCAAUUUUGUUGACUGUUGUUUUUAAUAUUACCGUAAAGUAUGUCCUGCAUACUAUUGAUCUACAAAGUGAAACUCCAUGGGAUAACAAACCAGUGUUCUUAUUAUACACAGAAUUGAUUAUUGGAAUAUUAAAGGUUUUUCUCUAUGUUGCCUUUGUGACCUUAAUGAUCAAGCUGUUCACAUUACCCUUAUUUGCAUUGCGUCCUAUGUAUUAUACAAUGCGAGAUUUCAAAAAAGCAUUUCACGAUAUCGUGAUGUCUCGAAGAGCCAUCAGGAACAUGAACACUCUUUAUCCAGAUGCGACAACUGAAGAAUUGGCUGCUGCUGAUAAUGUCUGUAUUAUAUGCCGAGAGGAGAUGGUUACAGCUAGUAAAAAAUUACCAUGUAAUCAUAUCUUCCAUACUGCAUGUUUACGUUCUUGGUUCCAACGCCAACAAACAUGCCCGACGUGUCGUUUGAAUAUCCUGAGGCCUACGCCAAAUAAUGCGCCACCUAGACAACAAAAUCCUCCUCAGCCUGGACCGCAAAUACCUCCGCAACCUCAGCAAGCACCUGGUGUCAAUCCUAUUGGUCCACCUUUUCACUUCCCAAUAUUUUGGGCUGGAUUACCAGCUCCAGGAAUGCCACAGCAGCAACAGCCGCAACAACCACAGCAACAGCCGCAACAACAACAGCAGCAGCAGCAGCAUCAACAGCAAUCUCCAAACAAUGCUGGAGGUACUUCUCCACCUCAAAAUCCAGUACCACCUACUGGAAAUAUUCCACUUUUUCCGCCGCUAUUCCCUACAAUAGUACCAUUGCCACCUAUUCCUGUACCACCCCCAAACUUAAUUGAAUUGAGCGAAGAAGAACUGAGAGCAAUGGAAGGUAAUCUGCGACAAGCUGUACAAGCCAGAAUACAAACGCUGCAAAGGAUUCAACUCUUAUUGGAUGCGGCAAACGCAAUGAUGAAUCAAUAUCAAACAGCAGCUGCUACAGCGAACAUUCCUGUGAACAAUAAUUCUGCAAGCAAUAUCGACAGUACAUCGGAUAUGUCUACAAUGUCAAAACCAGGGACGAGCGGUACAAUGAACGCAAACACUGAAGUUAGUAGCGAUAAUUCUCAGGUUAAAGUAGAAACUUCUAUUCCAAGUACGUCAAAAGAAACUGCGUCUACAAGUAUAUUAAAGGAAGACACGUCUACAUCUAACGAUACGACAGAUUUAUCUAGAACUGAAUCUUCAAGCGAACAGGAAAUGUUGCGCAGACGUAGACUACAAAAAUUUUCACCUCCACCGACAACAGAAUAAAUAAAGAACAUAAAAUUGUGUGAUAACUUAUGUAACAUAAUAGUCUUUAACUUGGUUUAUUAUCGGCCUCAAUUAGCGUGAGUGGUCAAUAAUUGAGGACUGUAAAAACUAAAGUUUGGAUUUUGUGAUCGAUACGAGAGAAAGGGGAGAGAGAGAGAGAGAAAGAGAGAGAGAGAGAGAGAGAGAGAAGCUUAGAUGAAUGAUAUUCCAUUUGAUCAAUGGUCAAUCCAUGAAUUUUAAAGAUAAGACCAUUUAUAAAGAAAUCUCUAGCGAUUGUUAAAUCCAGGAUUUAGUAAUAACCCAGACUGAAAACUCGAGACUCAAAUCACUGAAGUUAUACUAACAAUCAUAAUCGCAAAAAGAAUGAUUUUAUAGACAUAACAAUUUUUUGUCUUUCUUUUUGUAAAUUAUUAUCAGAGUAUAUAUUAUAUAAGUGCAAAAGACGGAAGAAAAGGAACAAGAAAUUAAAUUUGACAUCAUAAUUUUGAGAUUUACAUACCUGUUUCUAUCUGUAUAUAAUUAUAGAUUUCCUUGUUUCUUUAAAUCUUUAUAAAUCGUAUGAGAAUAUUUCUUACAAAACUAGGUGAAACUUUAAAAUUAAUUUGAUAUUCUUUGCAUAAAAUAUGUUUGAGUACCUUUUUAUCUAUCCUUAAGCUUUAAUAUAUGGAAAUUUCUUAUAUGUACAUUUAUAAUUAUAUUAUCAUGUAAAUACGCUA